AUGUCAGCGACCUUCCCCGGACUUGUCCACGACGCAGAGAUACGUCACGACGGAUCAAACAGCUACCGGCUCAUGCAGCUCGGGUGCCUGGAGUCCGUGGCCAACUCCUCGGUCGCCUACUCCUCCUCCUCCCCGCUCACCUACCCGGCGCCGGCCGGGACGGAGUUCGCUUCGCCCUAUUUCUCGGCCAACCACCAGUACACGCCGCUCCACCACCAGUCCUUCCACUACGAGUUCCAGCACUCCCACCCGGCCGUGGCCCCGGAGGCCUACGGGCUCAACUCGCUGCACUCGGGCCAGUACUACCAGCAGAUCCACCACGGAGAGCCCGCCGACUUCAUUAACCUGCACAAUGCGCGCUCGGCCCUCAAGUCCUCGUGCCUGGACGAGCAGCAGCGGCGCGAGCUGGGCUGCCUCGACGCUUACCGGCGCCACGACCUGUCGCUGAUGACGUCACACGGCUCCCAGGCCUACGGCGUCGGUAUGCACCACCCGGACCAGAGGCUGCUGCCCGGGGGCGGCCUGGGUCUCCCUUCGUCAGGAUCAGACGACCUGCAGGGCUCCGUGGAAGCGCAGUGUGGGCUCGUGCUGAACGGCCAAGGGGGCGUCAUCCGCAGAGGGGGGACAUGUGUGGUGAAUCCUACAGAUCUGUUCUGCUCGGUACCGGGCCGACUGUCGCUGCUCAGCUCCACCUCCAAGUACAAAGUCACUAUCGCAGAGGUGAAAAGAAGACUGUCCCCACCAGAGUGCCUCAACGCCUCCCUACUGGGCGGCAUACUGCGCAGAGCAAAGUCUAAGAACGGAGGCCGGUGUCUUCGUGAGAAAUUAGACCGUCUAGGCCUCAACCUGCCGGCAGGACGGAGGAAAGCUGCCAACGUCACACUGCUCACCUCCCUGGUGGAAGGUGAGGCGCUCCACCUGGCGAGGGACUUUGGCUACACCUGCGAGACCGAGUUUCCCAGUAAGGCAGUGGGGGAACAUUUGGCGAGGCAGCACAGUGAGCCGAAAGAAACCAGCGCACGCAAGAAAAUGGUCCUAGCUACGAAGCAAAUCUGUAAGGAGUUCCAGGACUUACUGAGCCAAGACCGCUCUCCUCUGGGCUCCUCCAGACCGACCCCCAUCCUGGACCUGGACAUCCAGAGACACCUCACACACUUCAGUCUGAUCACUCACGGGUUCGGCACGCCGGCGGUCUGCGCAGCUCUCAGCACCUUCCAGACGGUCCUGAGUGAGAUGCUCAACUACCUGGACAAAAACUCGAGCGGGAAAACGAGCGCCGACCAACAGAUCAACAACAGCUCGGAAAAGACGCAGCUCCGGAAAACAGCCGAGCCCCAGAGCAAAGACGGGAAAACAGAAAAGACUGAGUAGCCCCCCACC